CGUACCUACUUUGUUGUAGCUAGGCUUGUAAAAGAACAACCUACUUAAUUAGCUAAAACAAAAUAUAUCAAAGAAGAAAGACUUUCGACGAUACACAGACAACAGUUGUUGUUAUAGAAAGGCCUCGAAGAUAAACAAAAAGUGUACAGAAAAAGUUCCUUUUGAAAAAGACUUAUCACAAUCAUAUUUUAUUAAAAUGGCUACGCCUACUCCUGAUGCUCCUGAAAAUUUCGACCAGUUUGAUGAUGAUGAAACCGAGCAGCAACUGGGUUCAACAGGCUCUGGCCGGAAGAGACUCUUCAGCAAAGAGCUGCGUUGCAUGAUGUACGGGUUUGGGGACGACCAGAAUCCUUACACGGAGAGUGUGGACUUUUUGGAGGAUUUGGUUAUUGAAUUUAUUACGGAAACCACGCACAGAGCAAUGGAGGUAGGAAGAACAGGGAGGGUCCAAGUGGAAGAUAUUAUAUUCUUAGUACGGAAAGAUCAAAGGAAAUAUGCCAGGGUCAAGGACCUCCUUACUAUGAAUGAAGAACUGAAGAAAGCUAGGAAAGCUUUUGACGAAGUUAAAUAUGUUGAAGACCAACAAUAAUGAUGAUGGCGAACAAGAGACAGCUUCUAAGGCUGAUGCAA